AUGGCGUUACUUUCUCCUAAAAUACUAAUCGCGUUGGGUAUGUUCACCAUCGCCUGGACAGCCUGGUGCCUGGCCACGUUGAUUGCCAACGUGUCUCGGGUUCGAGCGACAGGCCUCCAGUAUGUGAUCGUCCCUUGUUCUAUACUUAGUACUCCCUGGCUGUUAGCCCAGCCGAUUCUCCUCCCUCUUCUGAAAGCCCUGCCCGAAUCGUGGACGGAAAAAUGGCUUCCACUGCUUCUUUUUAAGCACGGAUGGCACAAUGGCUAUGAGCCUUUCCAACGUAUUGGAGCAGACACAUUUCUUGCCGUAUCGCCCGGCAAUGUGAUUCUCUAUACCUGCGACGCAGGAGUUUCCUCCCAGCUAUUCCGGGAUAGUCGGCUUGGAAAACCAGCUCAUUUAAUGAGCCUGUUAAAUAUAUUCGGCCCGACCAUGACAGGUACCGAUGGAGCGGAGUCGCGGCUAUACCGUCGCACCACGGCCCCCUUUUUCACCGAGGCGACGAUGCGGGACGUGUUUGUCGGCUCUGUCCAGGGAGGUGCAGAAUUAGCGCAGGCGUUAAGACAGCCAGCGGCCUAUCAUCAGCUACGAAUUCUCUCCGCCAAACUUUCGCUUCAUAUACUCAGUCGCUUUUGCAACCGUACAGAAACCCAAGAAGACCUUGUAAAUGCAUUGCAAUGCAAGGACAAGCCGCAAGGUACACAUUGCAUGACCUACAGUGAAGCUGUGUUUACCUUGCUAGAGAACUUUAUAAUUGUGUUUCUCUUUCCGCACGCGCUUCUCCGGACUUCUCCUUUUUAUACCCAUCGUCAAGCAGCUACAGCAUUUGCUGAAAUGCGUCGCUACAUGGAAGAGAUGAAGGAAAGGAAGGAGAUAGAACUCCAACAAAAUCUCCCAACUCCAUCAAAUAAGCCUCAAAGUAUCCUGGAGCUCCUCGUUCAAGCCGGACUCCCAGUCGCGGACGGAAGUCAACCUGCUCUUAGACCGGACCAGGUAAUGGGAAAUAUCUGGACCUUUGUGUUCGCUGGCCACGAAACAAAUGCCAACACUCUUACUUUUAUUAUAUUGCUCCUUGCCUGCCACCCUGUCGCCCAACGCGCUAUGCAAGCCGACCUUGAUCGAAUCCUCCAGGACACCCCGCCAGACCAGUGGACGUAUGACGCACACUUUAAUCCAUUAAUAAACAGUCUUGUGGGGGCUGUGAUUAACGAAGCCUUGCGUCUUUUCACUGUCCUGCCUGUGAUUCCAAAAUAUGUGCCCCCAACAGGACCUCCAGUCUCUAUCACUAUCGAUGGCCAAGUCCAUCCCUUGCCACCGGACAUGAUCGCCUUCAUAAAUACGAGUGCCAUUCAUCGCCAUCCGCAAUAUUGGCCACGUCGGGACUCCAGUACAGACAUGAUGACUUCUAAGAAUCGCACGAAGCGACCGUUCGCAGUGUCCGACUUCGAUCCUGAACGGUGGAUUCAAGCCACGGAUGGGGCCAAAAAUGUACUUUUAAACCCAAUCCCUGGUAGAUUUAUACCAUUCUCGGAGGGCAGUCGAGCAUGCCUGGGGUAUCGUUUUGCUCUGGUAGAAUUGUGUGCCUCCGUGGCAAUUAUAUUCAAAUUGUCGUCGGUGAGGCUGCUCACUAGAGACGAAGACAAUAACAGCAGUAAUUCGGGAGCUACCGCAGAUACUUGGGAAGCAGCAAGGGAUCGGGCCGAGCUGGCUCUUUCUGAGGGUGUUAAGUUUGAUAUGAGUUUGCGGGCCGUCCACAGUGUGCCCGUUCAGUUUGAGGCGCGUAAAUGA